GAUGGAAGAGGAGAGGCCACAGAUGGCCAAGGUGUGGGGUGGCCAUGUGAAGAAAGAAUCAUGAACCAUGGCCAUGUGAAGAAAGGCCAUGAACUAUGGCCCUCCAUGUGAAGAAAGAAGUUGGGGGCCUUUCUCACGGCUCUCUGUGCACUGACCACAAGGGAGGCGCUUUUGCAAUGUAGAAAAAGAAGAAACCAGAUUGAUAAAGGAAGUGCUGGGUACUCCGGGGGCCCGCGAGUUUGGGGAAGCUCACCCUCCCUUGCUCUUCCGAAGGAACCUGAUCCACGCUUUCCACGUUCCUCUGGACUCCCCGAGGAGGCACCUCUGUAGCGCCUGCCCUCUGGCCUUGACAGAGCUACUUGGCUUCUCCUCUCCUGGGAGGAGAGUGAGGCAAUGGGUCCGUCCCUGCUGCUGUCCCUGCUGCUGCUGCCGGCAUCUCUGCAGGCUGGCAGCUCAAAAGAAUGCAAUCCAAACAUUGACUUUGGGAUCAACCAACCAGCGUCUCUCUCAGCCCUCGAGGGUGGUUCCACCUGCAUCUCUUUCUCCUACUUCUACUGCUGGGAGUUAGCCAAGGAUCCCAGACUGAGUAUAGCCGUCAGACGGACAGACUUCCAUGGAGAGGUCAUCUACAACAGUACCCAGCGUUUUACCCAUAAGGAUUACAAGAACCGGAUCUCCCUGGACUUGAGAGAGGGUCAGAACUCCGGCACCCUGUGUAUACGGAACCUGCGGAAAGAAGAUGAGAAUAGGUACUUUUGCCGGGUCCAAGUGGAAACGCUAAGAGACAGCAAACAGGUGUGGCAGUCCAUCCCAGGGACCAAACUCACCAUUACCCACGCUGCCCAGGCGACCACCAAGGGCACCACCACCGCAGCCACCAUCACAGCUGACCUCAAUGUCGUAGAGAACAAUGGGAGCUCAGCAUCUUCACCCCUGAGUGUGGGAGCUGCAGUCGGGGUGGCACUGGCUGGUGUUGUGCUCAUAAUAGCAGUUUUGGGACUGAUUGUCUUCCUCAGGUGGAAGAGAAGCGAAGGUCUGCAGACUAAAGCCAGAACCGUAGCCGGGGAAUCGGUCCAAAACACUGAGGAGAAGUAUGAGAACAUCGGGAUUACAGGACAAAAAACAGAGCCCAAGCUGGACCCCAAGGGUGAAGCCCAGGAUGACGGUGGCAUCCUCUAUGCCUCCCUCACCCUCUCCAGCUCCUCGUCACCGGCAGUCCCUCCCUGCACCCCUCCCAAGGAGAGCCCGCAGGAGACCCUGUAUUCUAUCGUAAAGGCCCAGUGAGCAGGACUGAAUGGGGACUCCCUGAGACUAAGCUGCACAGAAGGUCACAGCUUCUAGUAAUAACCCUGGCCAGACACAGACAAAAGCCAGUGGGUGUGGAAGGCCACCAAGGACCAGAGAGAAACAGAGCCAUCUGCUUCCAUUCCCUCUUCAACUUCCCAACCCUUGCCCACAAAAAUAAAAGUACUAGUAGGAUUUGCCUGAAGGCACCUAAGGAGAAA